AUGACUCGCUUUGCUACUACCUUUGUCGCUGCCCUUGCCGGCGCCAACUUGGCUGCUGCCAAGUGCACUUACAAGUGGCGCGCUCACGCUGGCGACACCUGCGACUCUCUGAGCGCCGACUGGGGUAUCGCCGUGAAGGACUUCAUCAGCUGGAACCCCUCCGUUGGUGCCAACUGUGCCAAUGGUGUCACACCUGAUCAGGAGUACUGUGUCGAGGAUGACGGUACCGGCAGCGAUCCCACCACUGCUCCUCCCACCAGCACCACUCUCACCACCACUACGUCGAGCACUCCCACUCAGCCCACUGGUGGCGUGCCCUCGCCUACUCAGGAUGGCGUUACCAAGGACUGCAAGGCUUGGUACAAGGUCCAGAGCGGUGACACUUGCGAUGCCAUCAUCAAGAAGUAUGGCGCGUUCUCCACCGACGACUUCCUCAAAUGGAACCCUGCCGCUGGCAAGGAUUGCACUGGCCUUUGGGUUGACUACUACGUCUGUGUUGGCGUCCCCGGUACUCCUACCUCGCCCACUCCCACUGGCUCUGACCCCAGCAAGCCCAGCCCUACCCAGGCUGGCGUCACCAAGGACUGCCAGAAGUGGUACAAGGUCAAGAGUGGUGACACUUGCGACAAGAUCAAGAACCAGUUCAACACCUUCUCCACCGCCGACUUCCUGAAGUGGAACCCCGCUGCCGGCACGGACUGCUCCGGCCUCUGGGUCGACUACUAUGUCUGCGUUGGCGUUCCCGGCACUCCCACCUCGCCCACCGGCUCCGACCCCAGCAAGCCCAGCCCUACCCAGGACGGCAUCACCAGCAAGUGCACCAAGUACUACAAGGCGCAGAAGGGCGACACCUGCCAGAAGAUUGUGGACAACCUCCGCACCUUCAGCCUGAGCGACUUCACCAGCUGGAACCCUGCCGUUGGCAAGGACUGCACCGGCAUCUGGGUCGACUACUACUACUGCGUUGCCGUCCCCGGCACGCCCACCAACCCUGCCCCAGCCGUGCCCAGCCCCCACCAGGACGGCAUCACCAAGAACUGCAAGAAGUACUACAAGGUGCAGAGCGGUGACUACUGCGACAAGAUCAUCAGCAAGUACAACAAGGCUUUCAACCUCAAGCAGCUCGUCAGCUGGAACCCUGCCAUUGGCAAUGACUGCAGCCACCUCUUUGUUGACUUUUACAUCUGCGUGGGUGUUUGA